AUGUCUGCGAACCUUACUGAAGAACAAAUUGCGGAAUUUAAGGAGGCUUUCGCGCUUUUCGACAAAGACAACAACGGAUCUAUUUCGUCGUCAGAAUUGGCAACAGUAAUGAGAUCGCUAGGUCUGUCACCCAGCGAAGCCGAGGUUUCGGAUCUAAUGAACGAGAUCGACGUCAAUGGUAACCACAAGAUUGAAUUCAGCGAGUUUUUAGCGUUGAUGUCGCGCCAGUUGAAAUCCAACGAUUCGGAGCAGGAGCUGCUUGAGGCGUUCAAAGUGUUUGACAAGAACGGGGACGGACUAAUCUCGGCCGCUGAGUUGAAGCACGUUCUGACCUCGAUUGGCGAAAAGCUUACGGAUGCCGAGGUGGAUGAGAUGCUGCGUGAAGUGAGCGACGGCAGCGGGGAGAUCAACAUCAAGCAGUUCGCCGCGCUUCUUUCAAAAUAA